GUCUAAUGUAGGCUCAGUUUAUUCAAGCUUCGUUGACGCAAAUCACCAAAUAGAGAAAAAGUCGGCCGCUUUCCGAUCACCCUCAACAACGUUACCAAAAAUACUUGGGUUUUUUGGAUGUUGAAUCGAAUUCUAACUAUGGGGCCUAAAGCAAAUAAAUUAAUUUUGUGCUGAGUUCUGCGAGUGCUUUGAAAAAGUGAUUGUGAGAGGUACUGUUAGUGCUUUGGGAGAACUGGUGUCUCUGAGUCUGGAUUCUGUUUCAAGUGAUCCAAGUCCGACUGAAUCAGGUUCGACUUUUUUCCUUAGCCUCAUUUUUCUACCAAGUCAAUGAAAUUUAGACGACUUCUUUGGUUCCUGUGCACUGAGCCAGUUAUCCAUUUGGGUUGUGCUGAUUUGGGGCUAGUUGCAGCGGGAAGAAACUUGGUUCUUACUUGGGAUUAGAAUCGAAGAGCAAUGGAGAUUCAACAUUUCCUUCACAACCAUCCCCUGAAGUUUUAUGAGAAUUCAGAUUUUGACGAUCUCGACUGCUCUGGAUGUGGGAACUCAUUGUCGGUUCAGACCUAUGGCUGUGUUGGUUGUGAAUUUUUUCUCCACAAAUCUUGUGCUAAACUUCCGCGGGAAAUCCAACAUUUUUUUCACCCUUGUACACUUUUCCUUAGAAUUGGAUCUUAUGUGUGCAAUGCUUGUUAUAGCAACCACUCACGCACUUUUGGCUACCGUUGUAAAAGGUGCGACUUUGAUUUGGACGUUGACUGUGCUCGACUUUCCACCAUGAAAUCAGAAGGUGAUGAAGAUCAGAUUCAACAUUAUAGUCAUCGGCAUCCUUUGAAGUUUCUUGCUAAGAUGGGAGAUGAAGUUUUGUGCCAAAUAUGUGAAAAGGUCUGCUCAGAUAAUGUGUAUAAUUGCCGACCGUGCAACUUUUAUAUUCACAAGUCUUGCAAGGAUAUGUUACCUCAAAAGCUUCAAGUCUUCUUUCAUCCAUGCCAACUCGUUUUGCUCACAACCCCUUCUUAUUAUUGUGAUGCUUGUGAAAAGGACUCCUCAGGCUUGACCUUCCGCUGUGGUAAGUGCUAUUUUCAACUGUGUGUUAAAUGUUUUCGCUCGAGUAGUGCAUCAAAAUCUGAAGGAAAGCAAAUUGAACAUUUUAUGCGUGAAAUGGAGAUUCAACAUUUCCUUCACGAGCACACCCUGAAGCUUUAUAAGAAUUCAGAUUUUGACGAUCUCGACUGCUCUGGAUGUGGGAACUCAUUGUCGGUUCAGACCUAUGGCUGUGUUGGUUGUGAAUUUUUUCUCCACAAAUCUUGUGCUAAGCUUCCGCGGGAAAUCCAACAUUUUUUUCACCCUUGUACACUUUUCCUUAGAAUUGGAUCUUAUGUGUGCAAUGCUUGUUAUAGCAACCACUCACGCACUUUUGGCUACCGUUGUAAAAGGUGCGACUUUGAUUUGGACGUUGACUGUGCUCGACUUUCCACCAUGAAAUCAGAAGGUGAUGAAGAUCAGAUUCAACAUUAUAGUCAUCGGCAUCCUUUGAAGUUUCUUGCUAAGAUGGGAGAUGAAGUUUUGUGCCAAAUAUGUGAAAAGGUCUGCUCAGAUAAUGUGUAUAAUUGCCGACCGUGCAACUUUUAUAUUCACAAAUCUUGCAAGGAUAUGUUACCUCAAAAGCUUCAAGUCUUCUUUCAUCCAUGCCAACUCGUUUUGCUCACAACCCCUUCUUAUUAUUGUGAUGCUUGUGAAAAGGACUCCUCAGGCUUGACUUUCCGCUGUGGUAAGUGUUAUUUUCAACUCUGUGUUAAAUGUUUUCUCUUGAGUAGUGCAACAAAAACUGGAGAAAAGCAAAUUCAACAUUUUAGUCACUGGCAUCCUCUUAUGCACUUUGAAACAAUGGAAGAGCAUGAAGUUUCUUGUGGAAUUUGUACAAAGUUAUGCUCGGCACCUACUUAUGGUUGUCAAGGAUGUAACUUUUACCUACAUAAAUUUUGCAUGGAGACUUUAGAGAAGGAGAUUCAACUCUUCUUUCAUCCCUGUUCCCUCAUUUCGCUCUCAACUCCAUCUUAUACAUGUGAUGCUUGUGGGAUAGACCGUUCAGGUGUGUACUUCCGCUGUUGCUCGUGUCGUUUCAAACUCUGUAUUGCAUGUUCCAGAAUGUGUAAAAUAAUAGAUAAAGAUUAUGAGGAUGAUGAAGAUGAUGUAGAAUUCGAAGUUGUAGAGUGGCAGCGGGUUGAACAUUUUAGUCACCAUCAUCCUUUGAUUCUGGUCAAGAUGACAUCGGAAAAUUAUUUUGAAUCUACCUGUAAAAUAUGUGGAAAGCCCUUCUCAGAUGCUACCUGCUUUUUCUGUUUUCGCUGCAAACUUUGCUUCCAUAAAUCUUGCAUGGACAGGUUACCCCGAAAGAUUGAUCAACAUUUCUUUCAUUCAUGCUCUCUAAUUUUGCUCACAACCCCAUCCUACAAGUGUGAUGCAUGCGAAAAAAACUGUUCACAAUUGACCUUUCGCUGUGGCAAGUGUCAGUUCCAUCUGUGUCUUGAAUGUUCCUUGCUGCCAAGAAUAAAACCUGGGGCUUUUGAGAAGAUCCAGCAUUUCCUCCAUGAGCAUCCACUCAUACUUAGUGAGAAGAAAGUUGUUGAGGUUCCCUGCAAUGCAUGCGGAGCUCCUUGCUUUGGUUCUACAUAUGGUUGCAGCCGAUGCAACUUGAUUUUACACAAAUCAUGUGCUGAAUUACCACAAACUAUCAGAAACUCUCAUUUGUCUCACUCUCUCACCUUGGCUUCUCUAAAUUCAAAGGAAAGACGAGUAACGAGUGAAAAAUCAAGAAAGGCAAGGUGCCGCUUAUGUCUCAGGGACUGUUGUGACUUUGCCUUUCGCUGUAACAAAUGCGAUUUCCAGCUGGAUGUUGAGUGUGCUUUACUAAAGCCCCGAAUAGAAUAUCCUGGUCACAAUCACCUUCUUACUGUUGUGGAGAAAAUACAUGAUGAACUCAAAUGCAACUUUUGCAAAACUUGUUGCAAAGACUCUGCUGCAUUUCGUUGUCUGGAAUGCAAUUUCAGUCUUCACCUUCUGUGUGGCCCAUUGCCCUGUACCAUUAAACAUAAAUGUCACAUAGAUACCCUUACACUCAAGGAUCAAUAUGUUGAGGAUGACGACGAAGAUGAUGAUUUUUAUUGCGAUGUUUGCGAGAGACAAAGGGAUCCAAAACUUUGCGUUUACUAUUGUUCAGAAGGUUGCCCAAUGAUUGCUGAAGUAAAAUGUGUAAUUUCUGAGGUUAUGGCAUCACUAAAAGGAAAGCGGGGAAAUGUGGAAUUGAGAAUUGUGGGUAGGUACAUCUCUAGUAAGAUGAUUAGCAAAGAACUGGCAAUAGAAGAGACGGAGCAAAAUGAAAUAGUUAAGGAUGCUAGCAAAUCAAAAUAUAUAGAAAGCAUGGCUGUUCUAUUUGAUGAUAUACUGGUUUCCCUGGAGGCUGCUGAGCGAAAGCAACUUGAUGAUAUUGAAGAAGCUAUACGAAAGGGAAUAGAAACAAAUAUUACCUCACUUGAAAGCAGCAGCGAAUAUACUUCUUCUUUUGCAUAUUCAGAGGAAGCCUUCAAAAGAUUCAUGGAUAGGCUGGAUUCUGUCAUUUUGGACUAUCAGAUUCCAGAUUUUAUUCUGGAACAUGAAGAAUUCAUCACUUUCCAGGAUUACUUGAUCCCUCGCACACUUAUCCCCACCUUUCAAGAUUUGCUUAGCAAGAAUGAGGAUAUCUGUGCUGGGUCCAUGUUAAGUCCAAAAGCAAAGUCGUUAAUCUUUUAUUUUCUAUGUGGUGUUAUAGAGAACAUGCGUGCAACUAGAAUUGUGGAUAUCACUGAUCAAAAACUCGGCGAAUGGUUUGCAUGUCUGAAAUGGGUGAAAUAUGCUGGCUUCAAAUUUCAGUUCAUUUUUGAACAUAUGAAAUACUUGGCACAUGCUCACUUUGUGGUUCAGGCUAGAAAGCGUGUGGAAGACUUUCCUGUUCAACUAAAGCAAGAAAUUGCACAGAUUUCUCAGGAGAUCGAUAAACUGAAAGUAAAAUUAAGAGAACUUGAGGAUCAACAAGAGUUCUAUCAAAGACAGGAGAAAUCUAUAAGAAGCAGCUUAACGAAGCAGCACUGUGAUGUCCCUUCAGCAAUAAAAUGGAAGCCUGCGGCUGAUGGGUUGCUAUGACACAUAAAUAGAUGUCUUGCCGUUGGCUGUCCAGGUAAUUUCCUGCAGUUGGGUUUGGUAGGAAUGAUCAUAAAUGGUCUUAGGAAUAGGUUUUUCAGUGUGUAGUGUUCUGUUUUAUAUUUUGUGUUUUCUGUUUGGUAUGGAUAUGGAUAGAAUUGGAGCAUUUUUACCUAAUGCAAUGAAAUAAAUUCAGUUUAUAUUUAA